AUGGAUGCAACAAUGUUCAAGAGCCUUGUCGCGGUCGAAUCCCGCGACCGCGACAGCGAUCCCCCUCUCCUCCCCGCCGCCCCCGCCAGAGCCGUUCCGCGAACCUACCCUGGCGCACCUCAGCGCGACGAGUCCUCGAUUGAACUCUCGCGCAUAACCACCAACCCCAACAAUGACGGAGGCACAACCAACAAGACCGGCGCCGGCACCGCCCACUCCCCGCGGUCCAGCGCUACCCCGUCGCGGGCCCAGUCUCCAUCCCGCCCGCUCGCCUCGGGGACCGACGUCGAGAUGAGCCGGCCCUCGAGCCCGGCCGCCUUCGAGGUCCUGCAGAGCAUCUCGGACCCCCACAUGAACCGCUACCGUCUCGCGGCGGCGUGCCUCAUGAACCUCGGCAACGGCCUCAACGACAGCGCCCCGGGUGCCCUGAUCCCUUACAUUGAAAAGCACUACAACAUCGGCUACGCCAUCGUCUCCCUCAUCUUCAUAGGCAACGCCUUCGGCUUCAUCUUUGGCGCCGUCUUCCUCGAGUCCCUGCGCGUGCGCCUAGGCCGCGCCCGUCUCCUCGCCCUGGCCCAGACCGUCAUCACCCUCGCCUACGCGCCCAUCCUCGCGCAGGCGCCCUUCCCGCUGGUUGUCGUCUCCUUCUUCAUGAUCGGCUUCGGCAUGUCCCUCACCCUCGCCGUCAACAACGUCUUCUGCGGCUCCCUGCGCGAGGCCACCACCGCCCUCGGCUUCCUCCACGGCGCCUAUGGCGUCGGCGGCACCGUCGGGCCCCUCAUCGCCACCGCGCUCGUGACCGCCGCCGGCGCCCGCUGGAGCAUGUACUACGUCAUCCCCCUGGCGCUGGCAGUCCUCAACGGCGCCUUUUCCACCUGGUCGUUCUGGAACUACGAUGCCGACCUUGUCGCGGGGUCUCCGGCCCAGGAACCCGCCGCCGGCGCCGCCGACUCGCGCACGCAGCUACUCAGCAUGUUCUCCGCGCUCAAGAUCCGCGUCGUGCUGCUCGGCGCGCUCUUCAUCUUCGCCUACCAGGGCGCCGAGGUGUCCAUCUCGGGCUGGGUCAUCUCCUUCCUCAUCGCCGUGCGCGGCGGCGACCCGGACUCGGUGGGCUACGUGACGGCCGGGUUCUGGGCGGGCAUCACCAUCGGCCGGCUGUGCCUGUCGCACCCGGCGCACCGCGUCGGCGAGAAGCUGUUCGUGGCCCUCGCGACCGUCGGCGCCGCCGUCUUCCAGCUGCUCGUGUGGUGGGUCCCCAACGUCGUCGGGCCCGCCGUCUCGGUCGCCAUCGUCGGCCUGCUGCUGGGGCCCAUCUACCCGUGCGCCGCGGCCGUGUUCAUGAGGGGGAUGACGCGGCAUAAGCGGUCCAGUGGGAUGGGCGUCAUCAGCGCGUUCGGCAGCUCCGGCGGCGCCGUGGCGCCGUUCGCGACGGGUAUCCUCGCGCAGGCGGCUGGCACGUGGGUGCUGCACCCGAUUGCCAUUGGGCUGUUUGCCGUCAUGAUGGCGUCGUGGUACGGAGUGCCUCACAGCAGGAAGAGGUCCGAGUAA